AUGGGCAUAUCAGAUUCGGUGGGUGCCUUUUUCCCGGCUUCAAAACAGCUAGAAAUGCUGGAAAACAUGCUUGAAAUGAAUCAGUUUGAUGAACUGCACGAUGUGCUUGGUCAAAUUGAGUUUGAGACCGAAGUUAUCGCAAGAAUCGAGGAAUUGGCAACCUCCAAGGUUCUUGGGAGCCUUGAAUCUUUUUUAGAGAGCGAAAACAGCUCUAUCAAGGUCCAUGACUUCGUACCGUUGCUGGCUACGCUCGAUCAAACGUUUGCAGAGGUUCAGAAAUGGGUGGCACAAGCGCUUGUGGAUGCGCCCACAGGAACUUUGGAAAUUUUGGCACUUCUAGAGGCCACUUUCACAGAACGAAGUGGUCAAAACACAUUACACGAUCCACUUUUGUAUCGGACUUUGGUGGCCCUUUUAGCUAAUGACGAGCGUAAGAUCUCAAAUGCAAGCUCUCAAGUGCUGAGGUGGCAAGCUACAGAAGUGGGUCGUCUUUCAUUGGAAGACGCAAAUUUCGAUACUUUUGUUUGGACCAAAAUUCCACAGCUGCUUGACGUUAAUGGCUCACCGGCCAAGUUUAAAAACGGGCUGUUACUCGUUUUGAGAAUUCUGUGCGCACCCUCAUCAUAUAGUCCUGGUCAAUUGACGGUUUUGAGGAGCGGCGCAUUCUGGAAGGCACUGAAGGCCGGCUUGGCUCAUGAAUCGCACGAGAUUCGGAAAUACUCUCUAUCGAUAUUACGACUUGUUUUACAAAAUUUCCCCAAGGAGGAGUCUAUCUCGAAUGAGCUUAUGAUAUGGGACUCCAGUUCAUCGUAUUAUGCAGAUACGCUGGCCUCUUGGGCGAAAUUUAUCACUCUUUAUGAGAUCGUAGCUCUAGACACGGCACUCAAUCAGCUCGAGGCUGCAAGUGGAGACAUUUUGGAUAUACUCGAGAGCACGUUCAUCAAUUCCCAAUGGGGACUUGUGCUAUUUUCUACUGGUCUAAAAGCUGCCAUGGAAAGUGUCAGGCGGCAUACCGUUAAGCUCAUGUUCAAAGUGAAAGACAAGUCGAUUUUUCACUCAAGCACACACGAGCUGGCCGCUUAUUACCUACCGGUUUGCAUGUUUGCGCCAUACUUUAUGGUCGAGGACGACCAGUGUCCUUAUGGCGAGGCCCUGAGCACCUUUGUGCGGGACUUGGUUGUCCACACGAAAGAAAGUCAGCACGCUCACAAGGUGCCAGAUAUGAUAUCAUCGAUUCUGAACUGCUUGUAUGAAAAUAGGACGGCUUUUGAUCCUCCCAGAAUAUACAUCUGUCUUGGAUUAUACCAGGCAUUGAAAUCUCUCAAGUUACAAGUGUUGAACGAGGACAACAUAGCCACUAUUUCGAAGCUUUUCGAAGUGUCGUCAGAAGAAGGUAUUUUCGAAUGUACAAUCCAGACCUUAUACUUGAAAAUGAUGAUGAACAUCAAACUCGACACAUCGCCAAAAGUUUGGAUACAAGCACUGGCAAGACACGUACGAGCUAACAAAGGAAGCUAUCAAUAUAUUUCUCCUAUUUUGGACGAUUUUGUGGAUGUCUCCCUGAAGUGUUUUGGUAAGGUUCAGAUCGAGGACUCUUGCUCCCAGCUAACUAGAGAUGAUCAAACCUUACAGGUACUAGCCUACGCGAUUUUUGGAGCAAAGCCAGAGGUUGUUGAUAUCGAUUUUUUGAAGGAGCUAGGGAAGUUGAAUGUAGGUCUGGAUGAAUUCAAGACUGACUACGCCAACGAAUUCCAAAAGCUUGUUGAUUCGAAGGCGAAUGAUGCGGACUAUCAAGACUCACAUGAAUUAGUUGAGCUGCAGGUGUUCAGUCAAAGCACUUGGAAUAUUGUCAAUCUCGAGACGCUUUAUUCUGAUGUUCAAAAGAACUUUAAUGCUGACAAGUUCGGCUUUUUUACCGCCUGCUACAUACAAACGGUGAAAUACAGUAUGAAUUUGGUGCCUCUGGAUCUUCAAAGCUUAACGGAUCUUUAUGAAAUUUUGCAAGUGCACACCAAAGAAACGAUGAUGGGAACUUUCAAAUACAAGGACUACAUUCAUGGGGAUUACUUCUCGCUGCUUCUUUCAUUCCUCAAAACACAUGCCCUUCAAAUCAGUUCUCAUUCGAAUGAAGAUGAACUGGACAAAGUACUCGCUCUUUUGACAAGAAAUGUCAAUGAUGACAACGGAAAUUACGAGGGAAAUCUUCGAAUUGCCGAGCUGUGCGAGUAUCUUCUAGACACCUAUGUUCUUCCCAAGAUGCAAGACUUCGAAGGAAAAGACAGCAAUGAUCUUGUUGUAAUAAAGCAGAUUGUUGAUACUCUUUGCACCAUCUGGGAUUUUAUGGCCAAAGAUAGAUUGGUGCUGAAUCAGAGAAAACUUCAUUUGAAAUUCAUUGAGACACUUUUCCACCCCACUAUUGUUUUCUUCGCAGUAAGCCGUAAUACCGGCUAUGAACUCGGCACGAUUCUUUUCAGAUACGGUAGCGAAGUAAUCGCACAGGCAGUUUCAAGACGUACUUUCCUCCCUACCCUUGGCCGGAGAGUUAACCAGUUCAUGGAGACUUUCGGAAAACAAUUACAGAGCAAUAAACAUGAUUACUACUGGUUGAUAGAUCUCACUUUCAAAGCGUUCGUCCAAAGUCAAGAUAGCGUAAACGCAUUUAAGCUCAAACCAAUUGUUGCAGACAUGUAUGAUAAACAAGUCGACAGUUUGCGUGGCAGAUUCGGUAAGCUUUAUGAAAAAGUGUACCAAAUUCCAGAAAUUUCAUACCGUGUUUAUCUCAUCAGCUCUGUGCUAAAUUCGAGUGAUGAGUUUCUUCAGGAUCUUUUUAUCAGGGCGAUCGAAACCGACGAUAAUUUGCUAAGACCUGCGAAGAGCACCAAUGGGGCGGAAGAGCUCGAGAGACUACUUAAAUGGCAGCUACUGAUGUUAAGCAUCAAAUCCGUGGAUCCAAAGAUUCUAAGAUGGCACGUCUCCAAAGAUAUUUUACGGAGCGUCGCGACGGAAACUUCACCUCUUGUGCGAGUUUAUUCUGAGUGGAUUGUUGCAUUCGACAUUGCGCAAACAUGCUUUGAUAAAGAUACCAAUGAAACUGAAGCUGCACUAUUCGAAAUGUUAGAAGACCAGUCAAAGCCACUCCUGGCAGUGACUGCUACAAGAAUUCUUUUCGUUACUCUGAAAAGCGUUCUCGGCAAGAAGGACUGCGACAGACUUUUGAACAAAUUCAUUUCCAAAGUAAUUCCCAAUUGUGCUUCUAACAAGCCGUUGGUAAGACAUUUUUCGAACUCUCUGAUGCUUACAUUGUGGCCCCUGGUGAAAGGGUUCGUGGCGGACAAAACACUCGCGAGUGUUAUCCAAAAUCUUUGUUGCAAUGCUGAAAGGUUGCAAGUUCAUGGCCAAUUCAGGCUGGGUGACGCAGUUAUAUGGGACCUCGAAAAUGAUUUGAAUCUCACAAGCAUUUUUGGAGGCGUUCUAAUGAAGUUGAACGAUCACAGUGUUCCAUAUAUCAAUGAAAACACGUUUAGCAGAUAUUUGACCUCGAGAGAUAGAUUCCCUGUCGGCAGAGAUGAGUCUGACUUGUGGUUGAAUAAAAGACCAGGUUUGAAACAGUCCACGGCAGCAUUAUCCCAGAAGGGCUCACCGCUCCAGACGAAAAGCGGGGCAUGGGAGGCUGUUAUGAAUUUAGCCGAGAAGAAAUCCGGAGGCGCCGUUAAGCGUACUCCACUGGUGGUAGUCGCAUCUCUAGUAGACAAAGCACCAAAUCUGGGGGGUAUCUGUAGACUGUGUGAUGUCUUGGGUGCUGGACUUUUGACUGUUCAUGACAUUAGGGUCAAGGAUAAUUCUCAAUUCAAAAGCGUGGCUGUCACCGCAGACCGUUGGAUGCCAAUGGAAGCCGUGGCUGUCGAUGAGAUAAGUCAAUUCAUGAGAGCGAAGAAGAAAGAAGGAUAUACAUUGAUAGGGCUGGAGCAAACAGAUAAAUCGUUGCAACUGGACAAUAAGUUUUCGUUUCCGGCCAAAAGUUUAAUUCUGUUAGGAACAGAGGCUGAAGGUAUUCCAGGUCAUUUGCUCGGUGAACUAGAUUUGUGUUUGGAGAUAAAACAAUCGGGCGUAAUUCGCUCAAUGAAUAUUCAGACAGCUACUGCCGUGAUUGUGCACUCAUACUCCGCACAGCACACUUGA